AUAACAUAUGCCAAGUACCAUAUUCUUUAUGCUGAUUUGCUUUAUCCCGACAAAAUUGUCUUUGCAAGCUAGGUAAAGGAUCAUGGUGGGAUUUAAGAAUAGGUACAUGGUAAUGGAAGUUUUCUUGGAUCCAAAUCGAGAUCUUGGAGUAGAUGAUCCUAUUAUAAUAACACAAUAUAAUGUUUCAAAAGCGAUUAAAGACAGUAUUCUUGUAAACUUUAGGGAGUGUGGUUUGGCUUCAUCCCCUGGAUCGUUCCAAGUCAAGUAUGUGAAUCCGAUUACCAAGCUAUAUAUCAUCAGAACCUCACGAGAGGAGUACCAAAAGGUCUGGUCUGCAAUUACCAUGGUUAGGCGCGUUGGUAACUGCCCAGUUCUAUUCAACCUGCUAGAUCUAAGUGGAAGUAUCAAGGCCUGUAAAGUUGCUGCCUUGAAGUGUGAUGAAAUGAAAUUUGAGCACUACAAACUUGCAGCUGGAGCACCUCUCUCUCCUGAUGUUAAUCAGCACAUGCAAAACUGUCUUGAAAAGAUCAACAUUUUGGAGCACUGAGCCAUGUGUUGGUCGUAACCUACUGGCCUGCCAAAUUUUGGAGCACUGCUUUGUUUUGCACAACUCAUGAACAGUUUCAAACUGGCGAUUUCUGAUCCAUCCCUUUCAGCUUUUCUUUGUCUUUGGGGUUGUUAAAUCUCAGAUGUUUGAAAUCAUACUAGCUGACCCAUUUUGUUUCAGAGCAUCAUUUCAAGAACUUGUCCAGGUGAGAGUGCCUGUGAAGAACCUUUGAGAUCCUCUGUACCUGGAUCUUGUGCAUCCUUUAUCAAAGCAGCUGCUUUGUGCUUUUUUUUUUUUCAUUUUGAACUGGUGUACUUCUUCCAUAUCGUUUUACAUUUUGAAGGUGAAGUUUUAUCUGGCCAUCAUUAGCAAAAGCUGAUACACGUUUGGGAGUCCACAUCUAAUAAUGAUUAUUAUGAAUGCUACUGAAAUGUUAUUGACCACAAUGUAUCAAAUCACAGAACAAUUUAUUCCAAGAGUUCUAUCUUUCUUUUGAUA